AUGCAGCGUGACCCCCCGAAGAAGAAGCCAGAGAAGAAGACAGAAAAGCGGUUCUUUGAUGCCUUGUCCUUCGGGAAGGACCUGCUGGCUGGCGGAGUGGCGGCGGCUGUGUCCAAGACGGCCGUGGCGCCCAUCGAGCGGGUGAAGCUUCUGCUGCAGGUGCAGGCGUCGUCCAAGCAGAUCUCCCCCGAGAGGCAGUACAAGGGCAUAGUGGACUGUCUGCUGCGCAUUCCCCGCGAGCAGGGUUUCUUGAGUUAUUGGCGUGGCAAUCUUGCAAAUGUCAUUAGGUAUUUUCCAACACAAGCUCUAAAUUUUGCUUUUAAGGACAAAUACAAACAACUUUUCAUGUCUGGAGUUAAUAAAGAAAAACAGUUCUGGAGAUGGUUUUUGGCAAACCUGGCUUCUGGCGGAGCAGCUGGGGCAACAUCCUUAUGUGUAGUAUAUCCACUAGAUUUUGCUCGAACCCGAAUAGGUGUUGAUAUUGGAAAAGGUGCUGCAGAGCGACAAUUCAAGGGUUUAGGUGACUGUAUUAUGAAAAUAGCAAAAUCAGAUGGAAUUGUUGGUUUAUACCAAGGGUUUGGUGUUUCAGUACAGGGCAUCAUUGUGUACCGAGCCUCUUAUUUUGGAGUUUAUGACACAGUUAAGGGCUUAUUACCCAAACCAAAGGAAACCCCAUUUCUUGUCUCCUUUUUCAUUGCUCAAGUUGUGACUACAUGCUCUGGAAUACUCUCUUAUCCCUUUGACACAGUUAGAAGACGUAUGAUGAUGCAGAGUGGUGAGACUGAACGGCAGUAUAAAGGAACUGUAGACUGCUUUGUGAAGAUAUACAAACAUGAAGGAGGCGUUGCAUUUUUUCGUGGUGCCUUCUCCAAUAUCCUUCGUGGUACAGGGGGCGCUUUAGUGUUGGUAUUAUAUGAUAAAAUUCAAGAAUUCAUUAAUAUUGGUAGUGGAGCAAUAGCAGCAGGAGUUAUAGCCACACUUGCUGCUGCUGCUGUUGUAGCAUUGAUAGUAGUAAAAAGCAUAAAUUCUUUUAAGAAGUGGACAAAUAAUGACAAUACGAGCACUGGAGAAUUUGGUGAAACCGUCAAUUUCAAGAUUGAAACAAGUAGGAAACAGGAUGAAGAAUCGAUCGAGAAGGAACAGAAAAUAUCCGAAGAAUUAGUAGAAGAGGAACAGAGAACAUCCCUAGAAUUGGGUGAGAAGGGCCAGGAAUCAUAUGAAGAAUUGGGCAAGAAGGAACAGGAACCCCAUAAAGACUUGAACCAGAAGGCACAGGACAGCCAAGCUCCGUAA